CUGAAAUACUCUCCAACCCCAACUAUUGAAGCCUAAAUUUUUCUCUCUCGGCUUUAUCAAUUUCAGUUUUUCCCAUCGCGAACCCACAUCUCAGUACCCAUUUUCCGGUCAAUCAUCGCCGGAAAUCUGAUGCUUCCGUUAUCUAAACCUUUGUCACCCGACCCAACCAAAAGACUAAAAAGCAACGAAUUGGACCGGAAGAAUUCGUUCAGUUCAUUGCUUCAAUCACCUCUCUCGAUCCACAGCCCUCGCUCAUGGCUUAUCAUCACCAUCCUCUCUCUCCAGAUAAUUCUCUUCAUAAUGCUCCGUUCCAUUUCCCUUUCUUUUACCGCCCGCCACGUCGCCGAACAACCUACCAGUACAACAACCUCCGAUAUCCAGGGAACCAUCAAGCUUAUCCCGUAUGAACCGCAACAGGAGCAUCAACAGCAGCAAGAGCAUCAACGGCUACAACAGCAUCAAGCACAACAAGAGCAUCAACGGCAACAUGAGCAUCAAUCGCAACAAGAGCAUCAACGGCAACAAGAGCAUCAACAACAACGAGAACAUCAACGGCAACAAGAGCAACCUGGGUUCAAUGUGCUCCCGGAUCAGUGCAACUCCGGGACAAUCUUCGUGUACGAUAUGCCAAAGCCUUUUAACCAAGAGCUGUUACAAAAUUGUCAUGAAUUAAGCCCAUGGGGUUCUCGUUGUGAUAUGCUGAUAAAUGACGGUUUUGGUCGAAGUGCAACUGACUUAGACGGUGUCGUACCGGCCAAUUUGAUUCCCGCCUGGCAUUGGACCGACCAGUUUGUGUCGGAGAUUAUUUUUCACAACAGGUUAUUAAACUACAAGUGUAGAACCUUAGAGCCGGAAUCUGCUACGGCGUUUUACAUACCUUUCUACGCUGGACUCGCGGUGGGAAAGUACUUGUGGUCGCAUUCAAACGCCAAGGAGCGUGAUUAUCACUGCGAUACGAUGCUGCGUUGGGUACGGGAUCAGCCGUACUUUAACCGAUCAAACGGCUGGGAUCAUUUCAUCACCAUGGGGAGAAUCUCGUGGGAUUUCAGACGGUCAAAAGACAAGGACUGGGGCUCCGGUUGCAUUUACAUGCCAGGUAUGAGAAACGUGACUCGCCUUCUGAUUGAACGUAAUCCUUGGGACUAUUUUGAUGUCGGUGUACCUUACCCCACUGGAUUACACCCUAGAUCCGACUCGGAUAUCUUGCAGUGGCAGGACUACGUUCGCAAUCGUAACCGUUCAACCCUCUUCUGCUUCGCCGGGGCGACACGUGGCACAAUCAAGAAUGACUUCCGGGGGCAGUUAUUGAGUCACUGUAAGGAGGAGUCUGGGUAUUGCAAAAUCGUGAACUGUGCAGGAACGCGUUGCUCCAACGGGACCUCGGCGAUUCUCGAAACGUUUCUUGACUCAGAUUUUUGUCUUCAACCGAGAGGUGAUAGUUUCACCCGCAGGUCAAUUUUUGACUGCAUGGUGGCUGGUUCGAUCCCGGUUUUUUUCUGGAAGCGAUCAGCUUAUUAUCAAUACCAGUGGUUUUUGCCUGAUGAACCAGGGAGUUACUCGGUUUUUAUAGAUCGUAACGCUGUGAAAAACGGGACGACGUCUAUAAGAUCCGUGCUGGCAAGUUACAGUAAAGAAGAAGUAAAGAAAAUGAGGAAUAAAGUGAUUGAUUAUAUACCCAAUUUUGUGUAUGCAAAACCCCGUGAAGGUUUAGAGACUAUAAAAGAUGCAUUUGAUGUCGCCGUUGAUGGAGUAUUGAGGAGAUUCAAGGAGCAAGAAGAGUGGGGAUACAAGUGGUAAGAAAAGAAACUGCGAGGGUUCAAAGAGGAAAUUAAUAUAAUGGAUAAUGCCGAAUUUGGUGUCAGAGAAAAUAGAUAGAAGUAUACAUGUGAUGAAGAAGAAGCUUUUAGGUAUAAUUUUUCUGAGGAGCAGCAGUUAUUAGUUAUUACCGUUUUUGUUUUUUUGUUUUUUUGAGGGUUUAAAGCUGCAUAUUAUGUGUAUUAUUAUUCUGUACAUUUUACAGAAAUUGUUUUACUACAGUUGCAAUUCUUUGAUUGAGGACUUAAAAAACUUCUGAUAAGUUGGCAGAGUGAGGCAGGCCAUUGGGAUGACUACUUAGUAAGUGAAAGUGAUGAGGAAGGAGGAGACCACCAGGGACCAUUGCUGGGCGUGGAGCCUUGGUGGCUCAACAGGAUUUGAUGAUUAGACGGCCGUUUUAGUUGCCAUUUGUGCCAGUGGUAAGAUGAAUAAGUAUCGUUUAUAAUAUAUAAUUUAUUGAUUUUAUUUGAUGGAUUA